GUUGUUGCUAUCGCAGACCACAGUUUGGCAACCCCUGGUUUAGCAGAUGCCGAAGUAUAUUGUCGAAUGUAAGCAACGCUAGCGGCUGCAUAAGCGCCUGGGAAAUGUAUAUCAUCAUCCUGUCAUGUCUGCUAGCUUUGGAGUUGAGAUGGAACGCAUGCCAACUACGUUGUUAUUGUCUGCUGUUGAGCUUUGCGUGCAGGAGGAUAAUAUGACUUUCCUGCAGUCCUAUGAUGACACAGAUCUAAUUGCUGGACAUGGGAAGUACAAUAAAAAAAAUAUACAAAUUACACAAAGGGUAGCUAGUCUUUACAUGAUUAAGUUGUUGGAACAUAAAAGAACAUGUGAAACAUUUAGAACAUAUUUUGUUUUAUACAAUCCUAGUAUAUUGUAUUUAUGUAUAUGUAUAAACAUGUUUUACAUUUUUGUUUUACAGAAUAAGAUAAUUUAGCACUGAUUAUAUUUUUAAGAAAACAUACUUAAUGUUUGAAUGUUUUUUUUUGUUUUGUUUUUUUGUUUUUACAUUUACAGAUCCAAAUGUUUAAACAGUAUUACUAAUGUAAUCAUGUUGACUGAGGAAACAAAAUGGACAUAGAUAGUAUUAAGGAAUCCAUGAACUUUGUAACAGUGAUUUCCAGCUUUCUCUUCAUAUUUACAAUAGUCGGUCUGGAAAUCCUUGAGGUCAUCCCUAACCCAGAUGUUGUAGUCCUGUGCUGUGGAGGUUGAGGGCUAUUGGCUGGUGUAGCUGCUGCCAUUAAACUUUCAAACUAUAACAGCACUAGGAUAUAUGGAGUGGGACCAGAAGGGGCCUGCACCAUGUACAAAAGCUUUAUUGAGAAGAAUCCAGUAUAUAUGGAUGCAAAAAGUACUGCAACAGGACUGGCUCCUCCUUUUGCAGGUGCCAGCACAUUUCAAAUUUGCCAACAGUAUGUAGAAGAAAUUGUUCUUGUCAAAGAUGAUGAAAUUAAAGCUACAGUCUCCACACUGUACACAGCUGGCAUUGUUGUGGAACCAGCAGGAGCAGCAGCCUUUGCAGCUAUUUCUGGAAACAAGAUACCAAACCUCAAAGGGAAAAAUGUAGUAAUUGUUUUAAGUGGGGGCCAGGCAACAUUGGUAAAAGAUGAAUUAAGCAAUUUUCCUGAAUAAACAAAAUAUUUGAUAAUAUGGCUUACUACAUCUCCACCUUAUGCAGACUUACAGUAACAUCCAUGGAUAUGUGAAAUUAAAAUAAAUGAACUCUAGGUUAUUGAUAUGGCCUGGUGUUAAUGUGGCAGAGCUGUAUCGAGAUAAUCAAAUCCUAGAGUCACAAACCAAAUCUGCCACCCUGUCUUAAGUGUGAGGUCAGCAGCAGCGAUGUAAACUUUCUGCCACAAAAGGGAUUAUUUUUCAUGUACAGUGCAAUACCCACAAUCAAACUUGACCAAGGAAAUCAUGCACCUAGAACAUCCAGAU